AUAGGGCUCAGUGGGGCAGAAGACCCAACCAUGGCGGGGCUGAAGACGGCGACCGGUGAGGCCAUCGAUGGCUCCUUUGAGCUGCAGGUGGAUGUGGACAUGGAUGAGGACGAUGCUAUGGGGCAGCCCUGCCCCAUAGAGCCCCCCGGCCCCACAGCGGUGACCCCCAGCCCCACAGCGACCUCCCGCACCCUCUCCCUCCGUGUCACCGGAGACCUCCACAUCGGUGGCCUCAUGCUCCUCAUUGUGGAAACCAUUGGCGUGCCACGUGACUGGUCCGACCACGCCCUCUGGUGGCCGCAGCGCCGCCAUUGGCUGCUCCGCUCCUCGCGCUCAUUGGACGCGCUGGGGGUGGGCGGGGCCUCGCGGCUCCGCUUCACGCGCCAGCACCGCCCCCUGCGCCUGCGCAUGCCCCACGGCCGCCGCCUGCGCAUGCGCCUCAGCUUCGCGCGCGCCCUGCCCCACGCCGUGGCCGAGGCGUGCGGGGUCCUGGGGAUCCGCCACCCCGAGGAGCUGUCCCUGCUGCGCCCCCCCGAGGAGGAGGAGGGGGGAGGGGGUGACCCCCCCGUGACCCCUGACUUUGACCUGACCCACAUCUGCCCCCCCCAAGGUGAGGAGGGGCCAUGGCAGGAGCCCCCCCCCCACCUGCCCCUCGAGUGCUACCGGAUGCUCGUGGCCCCCCGGGGGGGGUUGGCCCCGGUCCCCCCCCCCCGACCCCCCCGUGGGAACCCCCUGCUGAGGCGAACCCGUCUGCACUCACGGUGGUUGGACUCGUCGCGCUCGCUGCUGGAGCAGGACGUGGCUGACGAUGAGGAGCUGGUGCUGAGCUUCAAGUACCACUGCUUCAUGGAGCUGGAGCCCCGGGGGGCGCUGCGGGUCGCGCUGCUGUACGAGCAGGCGCGCUGGGCUCUGCUGCGGGAGGAGAUCGACUGCACCGAGGAGGAGAUGCUGCUGUUUGCAGCGCUGCAGUACCAGAUCGAUGAGGUGGGGGCUGGGGCAGAGCCGGGGGGGGCCGGGGGGGGCCAGGACCUCGAUGACCUGGAUGCUGCCCUGAACAACCUGGAGGUGAAACUGGGGGGGGAGCCUGAGCCCCCAGUGCCACUGGAGGAGCUCGCUGCUGUCCCGGAGCUGAGUGAGGAGCUGGAGGUUUACAGGCCGCGGCGUUUGACCCUGAGGGGCUUCCGUCCGGUCCAUGCUGUGCUCAAGGACACGGUCCUGGUUCUGGGGCGCAGCCCCCCCGGGGGGGGGGAGCCCCCCCUGAGCCUCAACCUGCGCGGCUGUGAGGUCACCCCCGACGUGGAUGUUGUUGGUCGCCGGUUCUGCCUGAAGCUGCUGGUGCCAACACCCGAGGGCAUGAGCGAACUGCACCUGCGCUGCCGAGACGCCCUGCAGUACUCCCGCUGGGUGACCGGAUGCCGCCUGUCCGCCAGGGGGCGCUCUCUGUCCGACCCCUCCUUUGCGGCCGAGGCUCGGGCGGUGCAGGCGCUGCUGGGGCUGCCCCCGAGCGGCCACGCCCACAGCGAGGCCCCCCCCGCCCCAACGAGGACCCCCCCGGACCCACGUGUGCUGCUCCCCCCACGGAUGCAGCGGAAGGGGAAAGUCAAACAGCUCGUGCCCCGCAUCCUCGAGGUCCUCCACCGGGUGGGGGCGCUGUCCCCGGCGCAGGCGCGGCUCCGCUUCCUGCAGGCCUGGAAGGCUCUGCCAGGCUUCGGGCUGGCUUACUUCCUUGUCAGGUUCCAGGGCAGCCGCCGGGAUGAGAUCCUCGGGGUUGGUCCCUCCCGGAUCCUGCGGAUGGAGCCGAGCACGGGAGCAGUGAUCCGAGCAUGGAGGUACAGCAGCCUCCGGAGGUGGAACGUGAACUGGGACAGCAGACAGGUAAUGGGGACUGGGAAUGGGAACUGGGAACUGGGACAGCAGACAGGUAAUGGGGACUGGGAACUGGGAACUGGGAAUGGGAACUGGGAACUGGGAACGGGAACUGGGAACAGGAACUGGGAACUGGCAACGGGAACUGGGAACGGGGCGGAGUGA